AUGGAGGAACUCAUGCCCGAGUUGGUGGGACUGGUGCUCAGCCAAGUCGAGCCGCGCAGCCUUGUCGCCUGCCGGUUCGUGUGCACCACCUGGAUGACCGUGCUCCAUGCCCCCAGCAACGUCGUUGGCAACGAUGGCCACCCGCCGACGCAACAACAACAAGAAGCCAAGCAGCAGCAGCAGCAGCAGCAGUGGAGGCAGAAGCGCCUCACCAGAGAGUUUGCUGCAAAGGGCUGGCUCUCCGUGCUGCAGUGGGCGCGGGCCAACGGCUGUCCCUGGGACGAGCGCACCUGUGCUCGUGCGGCCGAGGGCGGCCAUCUCGAGGUGCUCCAGUGGGCGCGGACCAAUGGCUGUCCCUGGGAUGAGUGGACCUGUGUUCGUGCGGCCAUAGGUGGCCAUCUCAAGGUGCUUGCGUGGGCGCGGGCCAACGGCUGUCAAUGGGACGAGUGGGUCUGUGCCUAUGCAGCCAAGGGAGGCCAUCUCGAGGUGCUCGAGUGGGCGCGGGCCAACGGCUGUCCCUGGGACGAGGAGACCUGUGCCUAUGCAGCCAAGGGAGGCCAUCUCGAGGUCCUCCAGUGGGCGCGCUCCAAUGGCUGUCCAUGGGACGAGAAGACGUGCGGCUACGCAGCCAAGAGAGGCCAUCUCAAGGUGCUCCAGUGGGCCCAAGCCAACGGCUGUCCCUGGGACGAGGAGACCUGUGCGUGGGCAGCUGAAGGAGGCCAUCUCGAGGUGCUCCAGUGGGCGCGGGCCAACUGCUGUCCUUGGGGUGUGUGGACCUGUGCUCGUGCAGCCAAGGGCGACCAUCUCGAGGUGCUCCAGUGGGCGCGGGCCAAUGGCUGUCCCUGGGACGAGCGGACCUGUGCUUGUGCGGCCAAGGGCGGCCACCUCGAGGUGCUCGAGUGGGCGCGGGCCAACAGCUGUCCCUGGGACAAGUCAACCUGUGCUAUCGCAGCUGGGGCUGGCCAUCUCGAGACGCUCCAGUGGGCGCAGGCCAAUGGCUGUCCCUGGGGCAAGUGGACAUGUUCGAAUGCGGCCAGGGAAGGCCAUCUCGAGGUGCUCCAGUGGGCACGCUCCAACGGCUGUCCCUGGGACCAGCAGACCUGUGCCUAUGCCGCUGAAGGAGGCCAUCUCGAGGUGCUUGCGUGGGCGCGCUCCAACGGCUGUCCCUGGGACAAGCACACCUGUGUGAAUGCAGCCAAGGGAGGCCAUCUUGAGGUGCUGCAGUGGGCGCGCUCCAACGGCUGUCCCUGGGACAAGCACACCUGGAGGCCAUCUGAGGUGCUGCAGUGGGCGCGCUCCAACGGCUGUCCCUGGGACAAGCACACCUGUGCCUAUGCAGCCACGGGAGGCCAUCUUGAAGUGCUCCAGUGGGCGCGGGCCAACGGCUGUCCCUUGACCAAGAAGAUCUGUGCGAUGGCGGCUGAGGAAGGCCAUCUCGAGGUGCUGCAGUGGGCACGGGCCAACGGCUGUCCCUGGGACUGGACAACCUGUAACAAUGCAGCCAAGACAGGCAAUCUCGAGAUGCUCCAGUGGGCGCGGGCCAACGGCUGUCCCUGGAUUGCAGAGACCUGUGCUCAUGCAGCUGGUGAAGGCCAUCUUGAGGUGCUCCAGUGGGCGCGGGCCAACGGCUGUCCCUGGAACGAGAUGACCUGUUGGUGGGCAGCUGAAGGAGACCAUCUCGAGGUGCUCGAGUGGGCGCGGGCCAAUGGCUGUCCUGGAUAG